AUGGUGGACUCAUACCGCCCGCGCAACCGUGGAGGCGGUAGGCGCGGCGGCGACGACAACCGCCCAGUCCCUCUCCAAUCGCGCAUGACAUUCACUCACGGCGGGGGGGAUACUUACAGCGCCGGCGAUCAGUACAAACCUGCUGAAUCUUCGUCCCGUCAAUCUAGUCGCGGCGGCGCGGAAUUCACGUUCAGAGCUGGACACCAGACGCUCCAGUUCCAACGUGGAUAUAACGACACAGUUGUUGGCGCCCGCAAACCGCCACAGAAGCCUCGCAGGCACCAACAACCUGAGCAUGGCACCCAGUCAAGAUUUCCCCAGAACGGAAAUAGCCAUCAUUUUGACAGAAACGGAAGGGGUGGCCGCCGCUCUUUCCGCAAAGAAGCCCCACACCAGCGUGCGCUUAUCUCAGGCACGACUGAUGCCCCAAGCCCGGAACGGGUCCUCGGGAGCAACGGCCAGAAUAGGUUCAUGGAUCUUGCUGACUUACCCGACGAUGAUGACAGAUCCGAAGGAGAAAUUGGCAAGACUUUUGGUAAUGACAACACCUCUGACGACCAAGAUGGUAGUCACAAGAAACCUCGCGUGACAGCGAACCGUCGGGCGGAUGGCAAUUCUGUCCCUAAAUGGUCAAAUCCCGAUCCCUACACUGUUGCACCACCGCCCUCUGAUACCACCGGAAAGAAGCGGGAUUUCGUUCAGCUAAUCCGCAAGGCUAAGAACCAGGCAGCUGAGAAGGACGAUCCUAAUAACGCGGUUGCUGCCAAUGAUGAUUUUAUUGCUUUCGACAUGAACGAAGAUGUGAGCGACCCGAAUAUCAUAGUUCCUCCACCCCCACCAACGCCUCCACGCAUUCCCCCACCCCCUGACUCCACGCCUCCACCGACGCCUCCACUUUCUCCUCCUGCAUCUGUCCAGCCCUACCUCCUUCCGUCUUACUCUUUGUACUCGCUGAGUACUCCGCAGCUUGUUGGUUCUUUGAACGAUGUCGCAAGCGCCGGAGGUUUGCAAGAACCAAAGCACGCUCCUAAACGCUCUGUUGAUGCUGCUGGACUUCCUCCCAAGCCUCAGCAACAGAGCCGUCAUGCUGCGAAGCGCAAACGUGGGGAGCAUGAAGGUAGCCUCUUGCAGGAAUGGCUUCCACGCCCGUCCGGGAAUCGAACGCCGUGGUGCAAGAACGAAAACUAUGAACGACUCAGAGGCGAUAUUAGUAAAGUGCUUCAUAAUGAGAUCCUGGACUUCUACGACUAUGUCAAGCCCACGCAACAAGACCAAACUAUUCGCCAGAAUCUUGUACAACGGGUCGAAGAUGCUCUGGGUCGCAAUUUUGGACGCACUUCCGGUAAAGUGUAUUGUUUUGGUUCGUUUCCUGCUGGGUUGUACUUGCCUGCAGCAGAUAUGGAUCUCGUCUAUGUCACCAACACCCAUGCUAGUGGUGGACCGCGACUCGGAAAGCUUGACAAACCUAGAUCGGCUGGAUCAGUACUGUUCCCAGCUGCUAACAGGCUUGAGAAAGCAGGAUUAAUAGAACCUAAUUCGCUUCAGGUUAUUACGAAAGCUAAAGUGCCGAUCAUAAAAUUUAUCGAUUCUCUAACUGGCAUCAGAGUUGACCUUUCGUUCGAGAAUCUUACUGGAAUUCAAGCCCAGGAGACUUUCGCCGGAUGGAAACAAGAUUACCCCGACAUACCUUUUCUUAUAGCGCUUCUCAAACAGUUUCUCGUUAUGCGAGGACUCAGCGACGUGCACAACGGUGGAUUGGGCGGCUUCUCAACCAUCUGCCUUACCGUCAGCUAUCUACAAACCCAGCCACGCACAAGCGAUCUCGGGGAAAUGUUCCUUGGCCUUCUUGAUCUCUACGGCAAUCGCUUCAAUCUUGCAAGGAAGAGGAUUGUAAUGGACCCGCCGGGCCACGUUAAUAAGGGACGCAUCGGUAUUGAUGGACGGAAUGAGAAGCCGGAUGGUCUUUCUAUCCAGGAUCCCAACAACCCGGCCAACAACAUAUCAGGCGGAUCUUCGAAAAUCAAAUAUGUCUUCAAGGAGUUCUCAACCGCUCACAAGGCGAUGCGGGAGCGAAUGACUUACCUGAGCGCGUCUGGAGAGUAUGCAGCCAGCAUUCUCGAGCCAAUUUUCGCUGGAAACUACGAAUCCUACGAGGAUCACCGAGCCCACAUGGAGAAACUUACUAGGUCUUUGUAA